AUGCACGGUGCUGAAGGCAGGUCAGUAGCGGUCAGCCAAUCUUCGUGCGUACCUCAUAUCCCGAGCGCAAUCAAAUAUGCUGCUCAAUUGCUAGAAACAUUCCUGACAAAACACCAGUCUUACUCGAAGGAAUUGAAAAUGAUCGGGCAGGACAAUGAACAAUACGGAGAUAACACAACUCCAUCAAACCUCGUGAAUUUAGUUCAACAACAGAAGAAGGAGUAUAGAGAAGUCAAAAUCAAGCCAAACAAAAAAGGACUAGAGGAGGACUUCGAGAAAAUUAACAGGGAAAGUCCAUCUAGUGAGAAUCUUGCACAAUCGAACGAAAUGCUGUUCAUACUAGCAAGGUCCAACGAAUUCCGAGACAAAAAGCAGAAAGUUGCUGCAGAACCUCACAUAGAAGUUACUAUACUACGCAGAACACUAGAGGAUAACUGUCAAGAGUCCAAAAAUGAGCAGAAUGUGCGAUCACAAACGAACUCGCCUCAUGUCAAGGCGUUUGUGAAUAUUGACCUAAUGGGCUGUCAGGUCUCUUAUAAAAGCCUUGUGACUCAUUGUUCUGCUGUGUGGUGGUCUGUUACGUUAUCAGAUCCAACGAAAGAGGUUGGGCGACGACCUGUGGUGAAAGCUAAGCUCGCCGUGGCAGGGCUGCUUAGUUUGGGGAAAAGUCUUCUUGCCACUCCACCAUAUUCACUGCCUCAGUACCCUGCACACUGGGCCCUGCCGUCUCAGACGUCGGACGGUAUGGCGACCGGUGAGAGGCGAUCAAAUCUCAGUGGUUCUGAUCACCUUCUCCUUCGUGCUGAAAUACGACUUAGCCACACGAUGGAAAAGAACAUCUGCUAUCGGCAACGAAGGAGAAAAGAAGUCGUCUACGACGAUUGCGUAUUCGAGGACUCCUUGUCCCAAGGUGACUGGCACAUCGACGAGGACCCAUUUGUAGACUACGAGAUGCUGCUCGGAGGAUUACGAGCCUGUGCUGAGCGUAUCUCGAAGCCGCGCACAACAAACUUGGAUCGAAUUUCGAAGAUCACCAAGGAGUUGUUGGAAAGAAGAAGGACUUUGAGGCUUGAUCCAAAUUCCUUGCUUAGCGAGGACGGGACUCGCACGUCUUCACGUCGUGAGAUGGAAAUCAUUACGGAGAGGUUCUACUCGAACCUUUUCCGUUCAUCAACUCUUGCGUCAAGCCCGAUCAUCCCCAGUGGUGAAGCUCCACCACGGAUUCUCCCUUCGGAAAUACGAGCCGCUAUCAAGAGCAUGAAACCUGGCACCGCCCCCGGACCGGAUUUUAUAUUAGCAGACUUCGGGCUGGUGGCCAUCCACUUCAUGUAA